CUGUUUACCAACUGAAUCGAACUGUGUGAACCGAACGCACAAUGUCUAAUAUAUGAAAGAAAAAAAGGGGUUUAAUUUUGUAUAUAUGGCGUAGUAAUUAUGGAAGAGGUUGCAGAAGAGCCGUCUUGUUUAUCGCCAACGAAAGGGGAAGAAAAUUCUGUGGAGAAUGAAAACAUUUGGUGUUUAAAGCGAGUCGAAAAAGACAGCGAAUGGCUGCGACUGUUCGAAAAUACUGAGGUGAGCAUUGGACGUGGAUUAAAUGUCACCCAUCAGAUUCUGUCAGUGAGCUGCCCGCUGAUGAUCUCCAGAAAACACUGCAGCUUUAAGCAGAGAGAAGAUGGACAGUGGACAGUAACUGACAAUGAGAGCAUGAACGGGGUGUGGGUGAACGGAACUCGGAUUUCCCCCGGGAAACCUCACGCUCUGCAGGAGGGGGACGCAGUGCGGCUUGGCGUCCCUCUGGAUGGCAACCUGGUGGAGUUCGAGUACGUCCUGGUCCACUCCUGCUUCGAUAAAAUCAAGGACUUCUUGACUAAAUCCACCAAAGUGGAAGCCAGCGCCAACGUCUCGGCGCCCAAACAAAAAAGGUCAAAGCGCAAGUUUGCCGCGGACGAAACUGAUCCAGGCACCGCGGCGGAUCCGAAAUCGAAGCUCUUUCGCACUUCCGACACUGACAAGUCCGACGGGCUGUCGUGUCCGACGGCAGCAGCAGCAGCACCCGAUCAGGCCGGACCCAGCGACCCGCCCGGCGUCCUCACGGGUUCGGGUUCUAGCGACAGCAGCCAGCGUCUGGCCACGUUACAGCGGUACAGUAAGAAUCUGAGAGCACUGAAGGAGCGGAUCGGGGCCACGCAGAGGCGGGCGGCCGAGUUGCAGGGGCAGGAGGGCGCCAGUCCGGAGCGGCAGCAGAAGAUUCUGGUGCUACAGGAGCAGAUGGAGCUGCUGCAGGGAGAGCUGAACUCACAGCAGGAGCUGGCGCUGCAGUGCGUGCAGAUCCUGGAGAGGUCCACGUGUCAGGAGGAGAGGCGGCUGGUGAUGGAGAAGAGCCAGCAGAAAGAAGAAGAAGGUCUGAAGAAACAGUUAGAAGAGGCUUUAAAAGAGCACCACAGAGUGAUGGAAGAGCUCCAGCAAACGAAGGACCGUAAUAACGAGGUGCUUCAGGCCAAAGAUAAAGAGCUGGAGGUCACCAAGGAGGAGAAGGAGCGGGCGAGAGCUCAGAGGGAGGAGGUGGUCACACAGAUGACCGAGGUCCUGGAGAACGAACUGCAGUGCAUCAUCUGCUCCGAGCUCUUCAUCGAGGCAGUGACGCUCAGCUGCGCUCACAGUUUCUGUCAGUACUGCAUCGGCGACUGGCGGAGACGCAAGGACGAGUGUCCCAUCUGCAGGCAGCCUAUCGUCUCUCAGGCUCGCUCCCUGGUGCUGGACAACUGCAUCGACCGCAUGGUGGAGAACCUCGGCGCCGCCAUGAGGGACAGACGAGCGGAACUGGUCACGCAGAGGAAAGGUCAAAGUAAAGCCGCGGCUCUUGGAGCGGGGGUGAUUCAGAACAGCGGUAGCGGCGGCGGCGCUCGGUCCAGCCGUCCAGCCAGGAGAGGGCGGCGUUCUAAAGCCCGGGUCACAGUACCGUCUCCGCUCUUGUGACCGGUUUACGUAGCGGGAUUGGAAACAGCAGCUUUCUGUUAACGUGCAUCCGCAUGAGACUGUGAAUUGUACAGCCACCGAUUUGUUCUUUAUUUUUACGUGUAUAUUUGUGUUGUUUUGUGUCAUCAAUAAAGCAGAAUUUUUGUUUUUCA